AUGGGUUUGGUGCCGUACUCGCAACGGCAAGGUGAAGACAUUCUAAGUGGGGAUGGUCAGUUGUUUGACAACCAUAGGCUAUUUAAGAAGCUAGAGCGCAAGGCAAGUCCCGAACUCAUUAGAGUCAUCAAGAUGAAGAAUGAACAUUGCCACACUGCACAAAACAACACUAAUUUCAAGCCAAGGAUUCGGGCAAAAGAGAUGGGUAUGAUAUUCAUGGAGAAAAUAGCGGGGCAGCCCAAUUUCCUCCCAAGGAGCAUAUGCAAGUACUUCGAGCUUGCAUUUCAUACUCCCCUAACUUACUCGCAAGGAUGGAGGACUAGGGAACGUGCCCGUGAGUUGAUAAGUGGCCCGGUAUCCAUGACAUAUCACUUAGUGCCGUGGAUGUGCCAACGGCUUAUAGAAUUGAUUCCCAACACGAAUGCAGUUUGGACUUCUUCUGAGGAUGGUAAGUUUAAACAACUUUUUGUCGCUUAUGGUUGUAGCAUUACGGGGUUCUUGGCGGGAUGUCGCCCGAUGUUGUUUAUUGAUGCAUGUUUCUUGACUGGUCCAUAUCGCAGUAGUUGUUUGUCUGCAGUUGCCUAUGAUGCGAAUGAUCAAUUGUACCCUCUUGCAUAUGCUAUUGUAUCAUCAGAGAACUACGAGGAUUGGUUAUGGUUCUUGCAUAACUUGAAGGAAAUUGUUGCUGAAAAACAAGUUGUGCUUGUGACCGACCAUAAUCCUGGGUUGUUGAGGGCAGUUAGGGAAUUGUUUGGCGAAGAAUGCAAUGCAUGGUAUGUUCGCCACGUGAAGGAAAUUUUUAGCAAGUUUGCCACCGGGAAAGGAAUGAAGGGGAACCCCAAGAAGACGACAUUACAUUUUUUCACAAAAAUUGCCUACGCAUGUGAUGAGCGCCUAUAUGGGGUGUACUUGACAAAAUUGUGUGGGCAUCACCUGAGUUGUCGAAGUGGGUUGAAAUGUGAUGAGCGCCUUUUGUCACUCUCACUACCCCCAUCACUUUCGUCACUCUCAUUUUCCUCUCCACUUGGUUUAUUUUCUAGAGCUUCCAUAAGGAUGUCAUCCAUUUUCUUAAUCUGUUCCACCUGUUGA